CGGAAUCGCUCCGUAUGCGGUCCUUUCCGGUUCCGGUUCUAGGAGGAGAGCAGCGGUGUGAUUCCUGAGGAAGCUUCUUUCUGUCAAAAUGCAGGACCCAAACGAAGACACCGAGUGGAACGACAUCCUGAGGAAGAAAGGCAUUCUUCCUCCCAAAGAGGUGCCUAAAGAUGACGAAGAGGAGGAGUUGGCCCUCCAGCAGCAGUCUGUCGUUCAAACGUACGAGGACAUGACGCUGGAAGAACUGGAGGAGAAUGAAGAUGAGUUUGGUGAAGACGAUGAAGCUGCCAUUGAGCUGUACAAACAGAAGCGUCUCGCCGAGUGGAAGGCGACUCAGUUGAAGAACAUUUUCGGGGAGAUGUGUGAGAUCUCCGGGCAGGACUACAUCAAGGAGGUGAACAAGGCCGGAGAGGGCAUCUGGGUGGUGCUGCACCUCUACAUACCCGGCAUCCCUCUGUGCACGCUCAUCAACCAGCACCUGAGCUCGUUGGCCAGGAAGUUCCCCCAGACCAAGUUCCUCAAGUCCAUCUCCACCACCUGCAUCCCCAACUACCCCGACCGCAACCUGCCCACCAUCUUCGUCUACCUGGAGGGAGAGAUGAAGGCCCAGUUCAUCGGGCCGCUGGUCUUCGGGGGCAUGAACCUCAAAGUGGACGAGCUGGAGUGGAGGUUAUCAGAGUCCGGAGCCGUGAAGACGGAGCUGGAGGAAAACCCCAAGAAGCAGAUCGAAGACAAGCUGAUGUCGUCGAUCAGAUGUUCGCUUCCUACGGGAAAGGACGGCGACUCUGAGGACGAGGACUAUUAGAGACUGAGAGGACCCUUCAGAGGGGACAGCGUCUCCUUAUUAUCAGCGUCUACAUUUCAUAUUUGAACCAUGUGGCUCGUGUGCAGAGCUCCAUCCUGCCCGAGGACAUCUGGACGGGAAAGCAGCACAACAACCGUUCAUAUUUAAAUAAACGUCCGACGGCUUCAGCUUCACCCAAAAUCCUUACAAAAAGCAUCAAAAGACAAAUUGUAACUUUUUUUAUUACGUUUCAUGAUAUUUAUGUCACAAAAGUGUACAUUUGAAUCUGUUGAAUUAAAUGUGAGUUCACCGCUUUGCCACAAUAAUCUGUCCCAGUUUUUCUUUUGGUGAGCUGGACGUCCUUAAGAGAAUAUUCUGAGUGUUUGGUGACUUUGGGUCCACAUUGACUCACAUUGACUCACACUGAUUUGACAUUUGGAAGCAUGCCAUGAUGUUGCUGCUCUUUGUUUUUCCAUCUGUACAUACAUUUAUUUUCUGGUAGCAGAAGUCAUGUUUCCCGGAGGCUUCCUGCCGUCCUCUCCUCCUUCAGCCUGAUUUCCUUUCUUGUUGUAGAUAUUUCUCUUCUACAGCAAUCCCUCCGGCAGACCUCGGAUCCUCUGUUUCAUUAGGAAGAGAGAAGAGAAGUCAAGAGGCAGUAAAUCCAACCCUGAGCACUGAUGCGAUUUCUAAAGAUCUUCUGGUAAAUGUUGACUCGCUGCAGACGGAAGAGAGAUGCUGAACGUUAUUUCUUUCUGUUUCUCUUCACUAACGUUCAGAAGCUGUUGAUGAAUUCUCAGCCUGAGGAACCAUGGAGGUCAUAAAUAUUAUCUAUCAAGAAGAUUGAAGUUUACGUUUGUUUGUUCAGACUUUUCUCUAAUCUUUGAUGAGAUGAAAUGAUCGAUAUUCAUCCCAGAGGACACGAUGGUGCCAGUUUGAUCAACAGAAGAAUAUAAACAAUGGAGGGUAUGAUGAGUAACACUGACACCACAGCAAGAUGGAAUAAGCAAUAAGAUUAAAAUAGAUAUAGGAAAGAACAGUUCAACUAAAAGAGUACAUUAUGACAUAUUCAUAAGUAAAAACAAAGUGUACAGAAGUACUUACACCGGUGCCUAAUAGACUAAAAUAGAGAACUAAUAUUGUGUAUGAUACUGAGAGAAUCGAUGUUUCGGCUGUUCUUCCUGCAGAAGUGGGAGGAGUUACAGUUGACUUUGUUCUACAGUUCUUCUCUUGUAAGAGAGGUUUGGUGUUCUAUGAAACUAUUUGACUUUUUUGCUAAUUAUAACUUUUACCAAAUUG